GUGUCAGGAUCGAAUGAACAAAUCCAAAUCCCUGCCACACCUUCCCUCUCCUCUCCUCUCCUCUCCUCUCUUUGACUACACAGCCGGCUGACUGCCCUCUCUCCUUCAGCCUGCUGACUGCCCUCUGCCUGGACAUACUCACCUGCGCAGUGAAAAAGGGCUGUUGUAAGGGGUCAGAAGCUAGCCAGACGGAAUCAGGCCAGACGGAACCUGGUCCACUACCAGAGCCAGACGGAACACGGAACACAUACAGGCAUCACAAAGGCUCUGGCAGCGCCUCUCGCUUGGAACUUUCAGCGUCACAACUCUUAUUGCGAAAAAGGGAAUUGGGACCAAACGCUACCAGCGACAGAGCCUGGUGUGGAACGUCCAGCCGAAGCGGUACAGGACGUGGACGCAGACACGCAGCCAUGGAGGCCAGGAGUACCGGUGUCCAGCCCCGGAGCACGCUGUUCUCAACCCGCCUGAAGACCAGUCUGCUAGUCACACUCAUCCUGGGUGUGUGGUAUGGCCAGGCUCUGGAGAUGAUCACAGGAAAGAUCCCUUACCUGGAGGCGGUCAACGGCAGCACCGUCCUGCUGCCCUGCAAGUACGCCAGCUGUGUUGGCAUCCAGGACCUCUUCUUCCAAUGGUCCUUCAACGACACCGACCCGGCCAACAGGCUGUGUGACGCUGUGAUUAAGGACGAGUUCACAGAGCCUCGACACCUAAACAUCUACAAGGACCGGGUGGAGUUUGUAGGCUCCACCAAGGACCAGAAUGUCUCCAUCUUGCUCUGGAAUAUCACCUUUGAGGAUGGAGGGGUCUACACCUGCUAUGGCAAGAACCCCAAAGAGAAGGGCAGAUUCCACAAUGCCACCUUCACCCUGGUGGUGGUCGAUGAACUGAAGGUGGUGGAUAACAGUCUGGGUAUCCUGAUCGCCUCUUGUGUGGGAGGCUUCAUCGGCCUGCUCGUGUGCUACGCUCUGAUAAAGAACUUGACUCUCUUCAUUAUUGCAAAGUUAGACGAGAAAAAUAAAGAGUGCCUUGUGACGUCUUCAGGGAUCGAUAACACAGAAAACGGCCUCUCAGGAUCCAAAUCGACGCCCAAAGCCACACCAAAGAAAGCCUGAGAGCCUGCAUGUAUGUAGAUUCCCAUAGAACAAAAACAAAACAAAACAAAACAAAACAAAACAAAACAAAACAAAACAAAACAAAACAAAACAAAACAAAACAAAACAAAAUCAUCCAAAACACAGUACCCUCCCUCUUGACUCAUACCUCUGCAGAACGAUGCCAAAUGCAGGAGGGACAUGAGACGAGCACCCCCUUCAGGCUAAACACCUCUCCAGUCCUCCUGCUUCCAUUUACCACACUAGGCACGAAACAUGAAAGCCCACACUGAUCCACACUAAGCAAUAGGCUACAACCACACCUCCUGUAUUUCCACAUCGUUUGAUUUGUCUAACAGCCUUUCGUGUUGUGGUAUCGCUGCUUCUUUUUCCCCUGCAAUGUAUAUGCUUAGAGAACUUCUCUUAGUGCAACAUUUUGUUUCUUUUAUGGCACCUUAUCCUUUCGAGUGCACUAGUGCAAAGGGAAAGUGGAUGCCAUCUGUGGCUCCUGGUCUAGAACUGUGGUGCUUCUUUUGCAGAUGCAGCUAUAGGACAUAUCAACUCAUGCUUCUCUCUCAGGUGUAUGAAUCAAUUUGGAGGGAACUCUUCAUUUCUGCAUAUAUUUCUAUAUGCACUUGUGUGGUCGAAUGGUACACAGAACCAUGUGGGACUGUUUUUCUUAUGAUAAUGUAAAGAAAUAGUAAUAUAGCAUAUAUUUAUUUUAUGCAAACUAUGCUUGAGACAGGGAUAAAUGUAAGCUAUUCAUUGUUUUUCUUCUGGGCUGGAUAAGGAGCAACCCCCUCUCUAUCUCUCUUUCUCUCUCCUAGUUCUUAGUUAAAAACGGUCAGUGAACCUGUCCAAUCCUGCACAGGUUCACUUACGCACCUCUCUGACAGGUAAAAUAUUGUCCCUCCCUCUCUCUCUCUCUCUCUGUCUCUGUCUCUCUCUCUCUCUCUCUCUCUCUCUCUCUCUCUUCUUGCUCAUCUGUUUUCCUCACACCAUCCCUGAAAGUUGUUUUGCCCUUACCUCAGCUCUUAGCUGGAUCGCAUGUAUUCCCCAGGGAACAUCGCAAGUUUGUCUAUUGUGGCCCACACGUCCCACAGGCAUUAGUUAACUGCUCCCAGGACAGAUGUCGACCAGAGCUGUUACUCAGCUGUGCUUCGUUUGUGUCCUUUCGGCCACACUGUGCAGCCACACCCUCUAUCGGGAGUCAAGGAUAACUCCCUCUGUCUGUGCAGGAACGCUUGGCUAGAGGAAUCUGGUUAAUGAGAUUCCUAAAAUAGUCAACAUUAGCAGAAGGGCCUGCCUGCUGUGUGGUGGAUGCAAUAAACUGUUGGUAUUCUCUCUUCCCGUACAGUCUAUUUUGAGCAGUACAGAGAGGUAAUGCAAUCCUGUAGCCUUGAUGCAGUUGUAAUGCAAUUGCCAAGGUUACCACAGUGAUGUACCAUUGAGAGUGCGUGGGCCCCUCAACUCAGUUUUUCAUUCUUUCCAUACUCUACUACAUGCACAACCUGAACUACCCGUUCAGCACUUUUCCUUAGUCACCUAUUCUAGGAAGGGGGGCUGAGGUGAAAAAUUAUGGGGAAUGAAGGGCACUGCUUCUGGUUCAGCCCAGGGACAUUCUUUAUUUUUAUGUUUUGCUUGCGAUGACAAAAAAAAAAAAAAACACAGGUGCCUGUAAGCGCUUCUAUCGCCACCUGCUGGUGGAAAGGACUAAGUAAUGCAAACAAAUACAUGCAAAACAUAAACGCUGCAAAAAGAAACAAAAAGAAAAUGUUUAAAAAGAUGCAAAACUUAUAAAAAGGACAGAUAAAAUACACGCAGAUGAAUGAACCUGACAAUCCCAUCCGAAGACCCAUGCUCCUUGAUAAAUGAAUGAAUCUCUUAAAAGCUACAGUUAACCAAUGUAUUUUAGCAUGUUCUAAUGCCAGAUUUAUAGAUACACAAAGCUCCUAACAGUAGAAAUAUACUUGAUGUUUUUUUCACUUGAAACCCAGAAUGAAUCAUAUAUUACCAACCACGUAUUUAGAGGUCGGUUCAAACUUUUUUCAUGUCAAAGUAGUUUAUGCUUACUAAUCAUGCUUUACAAUAACACAUAAUUCUGUGUGUGUGUGUGUGUGUGUGUGUGUGUGUGUGUGUCUGUCUGUCGUCUGUCUGUCUGUGUGUAUAUUGUGUCCUAAUAAGUGAUGGUGAGUGUGUGAUGAUGUGUAUGAGUGUAUGAGAGAGUGUGUAAGUGCAUGCAUAUAUCUGCCUAUGGCUCACGUGGAGCAGUGUCAGAGAGUCUGCUGUGGAUCGUUUAGGGCUGUAAUGUACCUGCCAGGGCUUUGAUCUGAACUGUUACCUAAUUAUAAUUAACGACAGCUCUGAGAAGCAUGCUCUCUGGCCUGUACCCCAGGAGUAUCGUAUCCAAGCCCACAGAACUGAGUUGGGAGCCCAAUGCUCAGUGAUGAUCCAGCAAAGUGGUACUCAUAGGAGGUUUAUACCGAGAGCUUGUAAACAUGAAUGUACACAUACAUUCACAUACAUCACAUAUACACACACACACAUUCACACACAUAUUUCACACACACACACACACACACACACACACACACACACACACACACACACACACUGCACCUACAAACAUACAUAUGCAUUACAUUUCUGUUUGUAGCUACAUUUAUGCAACUGCUCAGACCAACUGCUAAAUAAUUUCCUACAAAUGUAAGGUAAUGGCAAUAACACAUUCUGUGCAUUGGCGUAAAGAAAAGACAAUGGAGUGACAAGGACUAGGAAGCAAAAUCAGUCAUAUAUAUGGGGACGUCUAAAGUGAGAUGCUACUGCAAGACUGGAUAGUUCCUACACCUGCAGAACACCUGUGUAAACAGGUC